AUGUCGCACUCUGAAAGUGCGACAGAGACGCACACUGAGAGUGCAUUUUUCUGUUAUUAUUAUCCCGACGCAAUGUUAAACUACGUCUCUGUCGCACUUAUAAAAAUGAGUCUCCCUAAGUCAUAUGAAGUGGACAUGCCACAAGAAAGGGUGGAAGAAAGGCAAUUAGCCAAUGUAGAAGAUCGACAUGAUGUGUCAAUUGCAACGGACUACACAGAACAAUUUACCACAGACAGGGUUUUUGCUACUCGGGAUGAGCUUUUGGAUUGGACUAAGAAUGUAGGAAAGCAACUAGGCUUUGUGAUCAUUAUUAGAAGGUCUGAUUGUGGGAGCAUGGGUCGUGGGAGUAAAGGCAGACAGUUGGCUAUUUUGGUGUGCGAGAUGAGCGGCAAGUACAAACAGUACAAGCCUGUGUUGAUGCGGAAGGGGACAGGAACCAAGAAAUGUGAUUGUCCGUUCAGGCUCAAGGCGAGAUACACAUCAGAAGAUGGUUUGUGGAGGUUGACUGUAGUACGUGGAGACCACAACCAUGCGCCAGCCGAGACUCUGGUUGGCCAUGCCUAUGUCGGUCGCCUUACAAGUCAAGAAAAGGAUAUGGUGGGUAAAACGGUUGACAAUAAAGUCAAGCCAGGUAACAUGUUGCUGGCAUUAAAAGAUGUCAACCCUCAGAAUCUGACUACCAUAAGGCAAUUGUACAAUGAGCGGAUGGCACACAUUAGGGCCAAGAGGGGACAAUUGUCAGAGAUGCAGCACUUGAUGAGGUUGUUGGAGGAAGACAACUACACGCACUGGUUCAGAACUGAAGAGGGUUCCAAGGUGAUCCGGUCCUUAUUCUGGGCCCAUCUAGUUUCCAUCCAACUGUUCAACCAAUUUCCUACUGUUGUCUUGCUUGAUAGCACGUACAAGACCAACAAGUAUAGGAUACCAUUGCUGGAGAUGGUUGGUAUGACAUCAGUUGGAUUCACAUACACCAUCGCUUUUGGCUACAUGUGCAAUGAGUGUGAACCUGAAGUUACAUGGGCACUUCAAAAACUAAGGGGGUUGCUACUUAGGGAGGAGGACAUGCCUAAAGUCAUGGUUACUGACAAAGACACUGCUUUGAUGAACGCAGUUACAGUCACAUUCCCUACAACAGCUCACUUGCUAUGCCAAUUCCAUAUUGCUAAGUGUAAGAAGGCAAAGUGCAAGCUCACUAUCGAAGACAAGGAGAUGUGGGAUGAUGUCGGGGACGCAUGA